AGCACAGAGGGAGGGAGGAGCGGAGAGCGACCGACGCCGAGCAAACGGAGGGGGCGAAACGGAAAGAGCAAAAGAGAAGGAGACCUGGAGGGAUGGCUCUGCGUUCCUUUUCGCGGGGGUCUGACUUCCCGGAGACAAAGAUAAGGCGAUCAGACUCUGCCCUCCCGAGUCUUUGCGUCCCCGAGAGCCCCGGCUGUUUAGUACAGUCCACGUUUCUCGUCGCCGCCCCCUAACGCCCCGGCCGCCUUCGCCCUCGCCCGCCCCGGGCUGCGCGGCGGCUAGAGGGGCUGGGGGGCGGCCCGGGCGCGGUUGCGGCCUGUGUUCCCCUGGUGGCGGGAGGAUCAGGUCCCAGGCUCCCCUCUGCGUAAUCUUCCCAAACUGCUCAAGCUUCUGGCGCUUGGCUCAGUGCCCCCCAAGAAGGGACCCGCAGGGGUACAGAGGCCGGAGGAGCGAACGGGGCAAUCCAGGGAAAUACCCCCGUCUUUAGUUCUAGAACUCCUAAUCUCCUAGCGACGGGGCUGUGGAACACCCACAAAUAGCAAGGUUUUUAUAGCUACGGGUAGCGGGUAGCGCGCCGCCCAGCCUCCCACUUUCUCCCCAGCUCCCACUCCCCGUCCCCCGCGACCUGUACCGGGGCCCCUUAGACCUCCUCGUCUCCCCUCCUGCCGAGUAGCCCAAGAUUUCAGCCCAUCUGCCAGGGGCAUGGCGUCCACACCGACCAGGAAUGAGGAGAAAAAGGGCAGCCGGCAGCCUCAGGCUGUAUCCUCCUCCAGCGGAGGAGGUCCGAAGGUUUCGUCAUCCUGUUCUGAGGAAUUCCUGACCCGGAUCAGCACAGAACUCGCAGAUGAAGCCUUGUUUUUGGCUCGCUGCCAUGUGAACACUGUGCCCAUCAAGGAAAAGCAGACACAAGACCAAGGGACUCAGAUAUCCAGACACGUGUUCUUCACCAAGACCCGAGGCACAGACACUCGCUCCGACAGAAACCGUACCCACACCAAGGCACACCUCCUGCCCUCCCCUCGUGAAAAGAGCAUGCUUCAAAACUCCUCUUUUACAACUCGUUAAACACCAGUUUUGGGGGGACUUCUGGUCAUGAGCAGCAUCACCCUGAAGCCUCCAAAGUGUUCUGGAAUCAUCACACCACUCUCCACCCUCAGCCAGCAAGGACACCACCAGGAGUAAGGUGUUAAUAAAGAGGCAGGGAUUGUCGCCUCUCACAGGCUCAGACAGUGCUCUGGUGUGGCUUCUCUGGUGUGGAGGUAUGGGAGGAGGGGAGCCUUUUUUUUUUUUUUUGCUGGAUGUAGAUGCUGGAUGUGGGCAUAUUAUUGGAAUGGUUUUAAUUCAGGCAGUUAUCUGUCGGCCUGUUGGCAGAGGUAGAUGGAUCCAAACCCAGC